UUUCACACAUAUUCCAGCUGCUGUUUUCAAGAAAAGAAAAAAAUGAUUGAAUCAGUUAAGGCAAGCCAUUCACAAUCACAUAAUACAACAGAAACGCGAAAAGGGUGCCGGAAAAGAGAGCAAUCUCCCGGAGAAGGGCCGUCGGAGCGCCCCUUAAAUUAUGGAUUGGUGUCAAUUCUAGGGCGCAUGAGAGUGAUGAGGGAUCCCAUCAUGGUGAUGCCCCCGCGGAGUUUACCCGGCGGCUACUCCUUUUUCGCAGCUUAUGGCUGCGGCGCCGGCGCUGUGGUGGCCGAAACCUGCUCCGACAAGCUUCAUCACUGCUUGGAGAGGCACGCGGCCGCGGUGGCGGAGGAGCGGAUCGGGUGGGGGCAGGUGGUCAUGGAUUGCUUCAGUUCCAUCUAUGAGGAGCACACCGGGUCCAAGAGGAUGCUCAAGUUCACGGCGGUGGUGGCGGCGCCUCACAAGGGGGAAGUGGUGGUGGUGAAUUCCGGCGGUUCGAGGGCGGUGCUUUGGAGUGGUGGAGUGGCUCUGCCUCUUUGGAAUGAUCCUAAUAAGGGAGAUGAGAGCGUGAAAACUGAAGAAGGUGCAAUAGUUUAUUUGGAAAAUUUAUCAGCUGCCUCAACACCGGCCCAACCUUCUGACUUGGUAGGUGAAGAAGAAUGUGUGAAAGCUAGCCGAAGCUCGGAACCGGAGGUGAGGGUGAUAAGGAGAAACGAUGACGGUGACAACUUUCUAAUAAUAGCAUGUGGCGGUCUAUGGGAAGUGGUUGGGAAAGAGAUGGCAUGUGAAGUAGUGAGGAAGUGUCUAAGGAGGUCGCCGUUGGAAGGGGGUGGCGACAUUUCUCAGGCCACCGCAAUGUUAGCCGAGCUCGCCAUUGCCAAGGGCAGCAAAGACAGCAUUGCUAUUGUUGUUCUUCAACUCAACUCAACCUAAUGAUGUUGCCUUGCUAUGCUUGGACUAGUUUUGUUGUGGUUAAUUUGUAAGAGACUAUUUUUUUUUUUGGGUUUGUGUGGCUCUACUUUUCUAUGUGUAUGCUUUUUCUUUUAAA